CAACUCGCUUCAAACGCAUUUCCUCAUUUUCACUGCUUUCCUCCUUCUUUUCCACUUUUCACACGGACGGAACUGCUGAUUUGGUUGUUCCUCAAAUUCUCACUCCUUCAGAAAUUUCCGACUUAUUUCCACAACCAUGUGUAUUAGGGUGCCAAUUUUAUAGGUUUGAGACUUUAGGGAGCGAGGGGUGACAAGUUUUCAAAAUUUACGACGUUUUUUUUUUUGUUACAGUUUGUCUUUAUCUUGUAAAUUCUUGUACUUUGUUCUGUCUGAGUGCUGAGGAGGGGGGAGACAAAUUUAGCCGACGAUAAGUUUACUUAAGAAGGGAUCAAGGAAGACUGCUUUAAAAAUGGGUAUGGUCCAAAGCAAGACACUCUGGACCAUUGGGCUUGGCGUUGGAGCACUUUACUACUUGUAUAGCAAGGAAGUUUUUCAUCGAUGGGGAUUUGGACUAUCUGAUCCCGUGAAGCCUAUCAGGGGAUUACGCAAUAUUGGGUCGACCUGCUAUUUGAAUGCUGUCUUACAGGCAUUAUCAGCGUGCAGCUAUUUCAGUGCAUGGUUAGCUCACAAGGACGAUUUGAACAAAUGUGAUUUUCCCCCACGCCUCCAUCAUCCAGACCAGUAUGCGGGGUUUGAUUAUCCCAUGAUUGCUGUUCUUUACAGGGCAAUUCUUGUCAUUAAUCGAGUCAUCGGGCUUGAAGAAGAUGACUGUGAUUUGAUGAGCAAAGUUCCUCGGGAUAUUAUUCAAACUUUGCACAGUCUGAACCACAAAUUUGUCAAUCACGAGGAGCAAGAUACGUUCGAGUGCUUGCAGCAUCUUCUCACAGUAUUACAGCAGGAGGUCGUUCGCUCAGUUUAUCGACGUCAGAAAGGUUCCCUGGAAUGCAUCAUGGACGAAGACGAUGCCUCAGAAGUUUCCGGUGAACUAAUUUCUGCUUCUGAAGUGGACAACGAGAUACCUGCUGCAACCUCAGUAAAUCCACUACAUAGACUUUCUUUUUCCGAAACUUCGACAACUAAUCUUUCGGGUUGGGAUGUUUUGUAUAAUCCCAAGAAGGCGAUUAAUGGAAUUUUCUCAAAGAGGAAAGCCUCUGCGGACAUGAACAUUCCGAUGGCUCCAAAGUAUCCAUUCCGCGGUAUGACUGCCAGUGUCCUGCAAUGUCUUCAGUGCUUGCAUAAGCUUCCUGUCAAGUUUGAGACGUUCGAGUCUUUGACGUUGUUGUUGCCUCAUAGCCCGCUCACGAUUUCUAAUUUUCAGCUCAACGUCCGAUCUCUGCUCCGCGAACUACAGAAGCCAGUAAUUGUUACUCAAGUCAAUUGCGAUGGUUGUUCAAAAAAGCAAGGAAAACCCAUGAAAAGUGCGUUUUCAAAGACGCUUUACUUUGCCCGGUUACCUUAUACCCUGGUGUUCCACAUACUACAGUCGGAAUGGAGACCUGAUGGGUUAUCAAAACGCCAUGUGUUCGUUAGAUACGAUGAACGACUCAAUGCUGGUGAUCUGCACCACUGGAACUUGACGUAUAAAAAUAAAGGUUCUGGAGAUUCGGCUCUUCCCAGUUUCAAGACGGAGACUGUUCAAGAUCUCUCCUACGAUCUGAAAGCAAUCGUCGCCCAUAGUGGAGAUGCCGACUCUGGUCAUUUCAUUACAUGUCGUCGUGUACCUGAUACACCAGCUAAUGUUAGCGGUUGUCGAUGGGCGUUUGUAUCUGACGAGUUUGUCUCCGAGCUGCAAGACUCGGAGCCCUUCCGCUUUAAGCCAUACCUGCUCUUUUACGAAAAGCGCAUUAAAAGAGAUUAUGCCCUUUGACUUGGGGACAGCACUGACACAAGAUAUCACUCCUGUCAUUUGACAGUUCUUUUGUUUAAGUUUUAUUCUUCAACAAUUUAGUAUGUAAGUCUUGGCCAUUCACAAUAGUUUUAAAUUAAUAAUGCAAAAUAUAGUCAAUAUUUCUUGAAUUAGUCUACAAACAAACGAGGAAGCCCGUGAUAUUAAGUAUAUCCUACAACCUUUUUUGUAUCCAGUUAAAAAACAGACCGUCAAUUAUUUUCAGUGUUUCUUACACUGUCUUCCAAUAGAAGCGUGAGUAAAAGAAGUCUAAAAUUUCUGUAAAUUAUCAUAGGUGUUCAAGACUGGUAAUGUAUUAUAUAUGUAGCUAAUUGCAACAAUAAGGCAAUACCAUUUAUUCUUGGUGAAGUCAAAAUUUGGUAUCCAUAAAAAUUGUAUGUUUCAUGAAUAUGUUCACCAAAGAUAUAAAUUCAUAUAGUCAUUCUCCAGUUGAUACAAAAAAUAUGUUUACAAUUGAACCUGUGAUGUGUCUGAAUAUUAAAUAGAAUGAAUUUUGCAUCUAUAACCAACGUGGUAUCUAUGUAAAUGUUGGUAGCCAGUAACAAUGUAAGUGUAUCUUAUAUCAAUAUUUCUUUAAACUGCUUGAAAUGAACGGUGCUUUGAGCGACUUGAUAACCAAAGUAUCUAUUUUUAUGGACACUUAACUCUGAACCUUUGAUUCUUGUAAAUUGUAUUUAAUAUCCAAAAGCGAGUGUAAUUGUUACCCGUUUGAACUCAUAUUUGGUUAUAAUUUGAGUUCUUGCGAAAAUUCCAAGCGUGGAACUUUAAUUCGCCAAACUCUGCGUGAUCUCAUGACUCUUUGGGAAACCGGUCCGCUGUUUUUCCGAUAAUUAAAAAAACAAUGGGGAGUAAUGGUGGUAAUACUUUAAUUAUAAUCUCUUAUGGGAAUAUUAUUUAUAAAUCUAGUUUUAUUAGCGUUAAGUGUGACAUUCUGUCUCUAACGAGUAAUAAUCAUUGUCCUCUGUCAGGAAAUACAUACAUCAAUUCCGUACCUACAUAUAUUAUUCUUUGUAUUAAAUGUUGUUAGCUGACAACAGGCUGACUUUCUUGUUCUCUGAGAGCGUUAUGAAAAUAAAUAAACAAACAACGAACGAAA